AUGAGUUCUUCCGCUGCGUCUCGACAUGCAAGCGCCUCUGGUAGACGGUUAACUCCUCCUCGGUUUGAAGAAGUGGAAUUGCCUUCGACCUUUGAGUCACUUACACCUUUACGUCAAUAUACCUCUGCAUCUGUUAUAGAGGAGACAGAGAAUGGAAAUGACUACCUGGAUGUCUUUGCAGAAGUUACUGACGCCGACGAAGUCUUUGCCGAGCAGUGGGAAUCUGGAGCAACCGAGCAAUCUACAACGCCUCCACUAAAGCGCAUCGAUUCCUUCGAUUUCGUUACAGGAGGAGUCAAUGUGUCAUCAUCGAUAGCAAAGACCCGGACAAUGUCGACCAUUGCUACAUUGGAGCCAGUCAAAGAAGACAAGCAGCCGGCCUGCGCUUCUUAUUGCAGGGCUCCUGCGUAUGUGGAGCUGCUCUUCGAUGCAGAGACUCCAUAUGCCAGCGACGAAGAUCUAGCCAACCGCAGAGAAGAUUUCGUUCUCGCUGACAAGUACGAUGACUUCAGUCUAUCGUUGAGAUAUCCCACGGCAAAAGACAUUUUUGAGCUCAUAGACGAGCUUGUUGAUGUGGACAUGUUCGAUAUGGAAGAUGGCUUUGGGAACAGCACGAAAGAACCACCGGUCCUUCUAGACACUUCCUUUGCCACAUCCCCAGAUAUGGACGCCUUUGUCGCAUGCGGCCCGUUGCUGUACUCACCUACUUUGGACGAUGUCUCAGAUGUGUGUGACAAGGACAAUGUCUCAGAGACAUCGGAGACAAACGAAGAACCAGGUUUGUCACCACCUCGGUACGCUGAAAUAGCAUAUGUCGAUGCUGAAACGCACAAAUGCGUCGCGUAUACCGCUUUGAACCAAUUACUAUCCAUGCAAGAAGACCUACCGCGUCCGGUGAUUCACCGAGACAUUCCCGAUGAUGAGGAUCACGGCUCAGCUGAGCUGAAGGAACACAGCUGUCUCAAUCUAGAAGAUCAAGGCCGCAAGUCCCGGAUAUCGCUACGAGAUGACCCUUGUCCGAGCAGAUUCUGGUCUGAUUUCACAUCAGGUAUUGGCCACCCGCCAGCACCGCCACAGACCAGUCUUCAACGCCAGUCAGCUGUGCGCCAACAGUGUCUACCGUUUGGGCUGUACUCCAGCAAUCUGCCUCACCACCAACGUCGCUUCCCACGGCUGACACUUGCUACUCAGCUCGUGCCUGCAUCUGAGCCUUUGUCCACGGUCGACGAGGAACAGCUGUCUUGGCUCAGCCCGUCUUCCUCAGGAGACUCUGUCGGCUUUGCUGAUUACCGGGGGUUUGCGAAACCUAUUGAGGAGCGCCAACAAGGGUUCUCAGAUGACGAAGACGAAGAAGGAGGGACCUACGUUGAACAUGGCUUAGAGGCGCCAAUGAUGCCGAGCUCACCUCCACACCUCACAUGCGACGAUAUGUUCACUGAUGUUGUUUGGGACAGCGCACCAGAUCUCACACUCACUCAGCCCCAUUGCGAACCACAUGCAGCAGCUACGAUAACCUCGCGUAUACCUUCAGCCCCACUUCUCGAAGCGUUCGAGACUGAAGUUCAUACUGGUCUCACGUUCAUCUUCAGCUGCAUGAACGAUGGACGCUAUGAUGAGCUACCAGUUUUGUGUAAUGACCUUCACUGGACCUUGUGCGCUCUCGCGCAUGAUUAUCCAGCUAUGGCAGUAUUGGACAGCCUAGGAGCAGCUGUAGAGAUCCUAGCUGAGCGGAUAAUAGCCUCGACGCCUGCUUCGUAA